UUCUUAUGCCAUUUGAAGGGUAAGUGUAACAGCUUUACGAGUAGGAAAUUUCGAAUUUAUAAGGCGUUGAUGUUAAUGCAUGCAGGCUUGAGUUCAUGUUCUCAGUUCUGUGGUAAGAGAUGGACAAAUUAUUGUAGCGAAUCAGCUUUACGGGGAUAUUAUUUCAUGUCCAUGUUAAUGUUCUCACUUCUGUGUGUGUGUGUUUUGUUUAUCUCUAUCCAGUCAAGAGGUUGUAAUGUUGUAUUUGGUAUAAUUAUGUGUGUAUAUUUUUGGCUGUACUUGGAUUUGCUUCUUGCGUUCCUUAUUGGGGGUUAUUGGCUUGUGGCUUGAAACUAGUGCUCCUGUGUGUUUUGACUUUGAAGCAAUACUCCUAUCUUAUAUUAUGCAUAUGUUUUAUUGGAUGUGGUGCAAGCUUGAUGACCUUUGAGUGUGAUGUUUAUUCUUCAUUAUAUGUUUUGUUGGGAUAGCUGCAGGGUACGUAAAAGUGAAGCUUUGAUAUGGCUGCAGCUACGGCAGCUGCAUCUUCUGCUAGUGUACGGUAUGCACCAGAGGACCCUUCGCUUCCAAAACCAUGGAGAGGACUGGUUGAUGGUAGGACUGGAAAUCUUUACUUCUGGAACCCCGUGACCAAUGUAACCCAGUACGAGAGACCUGUUGCCUCCUCGGGUGUAAGCUCGGAACAGUCUAACAAUGCUUUGGGUUCAUCUGCUGCUGAAAAGGACCCACAGUGCCGUGGAUCUCAUGAUGAAGGCAGAUAUAGCAAUGCUGGUUCAGCAAAGUACACUUCUGAUCCAGAAAUUGACCAGUCUGCCAGAAACAGACCUGAUUAUUCACAGAGUGAUCCAGAUGUGGCAAAAAAUGCUGUGCAUAAACCCAUUGAAUCUAAAGGCCCAGAAACUGGGUUGUCUGUGGAGGCAUAUUGUCGUCGUCAUGAAAUUUCUGUAACUGGAGGAAAUGUCCCGCCUUUCAUGUCAUUUCAAUCCACUGGUUUUCCUUCAGAGAUAUUAAGAGAGGUGCGAUAUUUGCUCCAGAGAGGAGCCAAAUGUCGUACACUGUGUCACCCUGCUUUUGGGACUUGCUUAUUAUUGGAGUGCUCUUACAGGUCCUUCAAUUCAUGUGAAGGGCUUCUUGACUCACACUGAGGACUUGCCUUCUUGGUGAUUUAUAAACUGGCCUCUGGUCAGAAGAGAAGAAGAAUCAUACUCUCACUCUUGCUCACAUCAGCAAAUAGUGCCUGAUAACGCUAGAGGAUGAGGCUUCUUCUUUUCUUGGAAACUUGCAUAAGUUCAUGACAAGCCAGUCCUAUUUGGAGCAGUAGUGCACUACAUCUGCUUAUACAGAUCCUUAAUUUUCUUUUCUUCUUUUUGUUCCCCUUAUCUCUGUUUCUCGCCCU